UCAGAGCUGCUGAAGAAGCCCGAGGUUGGCAGGGAGCGUGCAGGGUAAUCACUCCUGCUGGGCUGGGGCUGUUUACUCUGCCGCCCUAAGGCUGGUGGAUACAGGCGUGGUGGGCGUGCUUGGCGAAGUACCUGUUUGCGUAGCACUGAGACAUCAGGGCAGAGCUAAAACAGCAGUAAUCUGAAACCAGUCCUGUUGGUUUUCCUUCUCUGGUCCCACAACUAAAAUCUGCAUUCCAGAUGAAACCUGCAGGGAAGCGGAAGAAAGCACUUAAAAAAAAAAAAUUCAAGGGCAGUAAGUUAGCUGCUUUUGCCUUCCAGGCAUUUUGAGAUCAUCUAUUUCUUUCUGUACUUUAAUUUCUUUGCUUUGGGCUUUGUGAGUGUCUGUUGAUCUGUGUGUUCUGCUAGUUUUUUUGUGGGUUUUUUUUUUUGGCCUGGAUGACCCAGGCUUCUGACCGUAAGUUAGAUGGCAAAGCAGGGCCCUUAAGAAGUAUUUCAGUCAUUUUCUGCUGAUUCACUUUUGAAUUUCCUGGGCUGCUCCGGGGGUGGUGGAGGGCUGUCAGGAUCGGCUUGCCGGCUCAGCACUUCUGGAGCCUCACUUGCUCACCAAUGAGAAAGUUGAAAGCAACUAGGAGAAAGACAGGCACUGGGGCGGAGCUGUGGUAAAGUCCUGGGCUGGGAUGACUGGGACGGGCUGACUUUCCUUACGACAAAAAGCCUUUUGUCCACGGGAAUAAAUGCGGAAGUCCCAGAGGAGCAGCGUCUGGAGUCUGUGUGUAGUAAGGUGCGCAGCCUCGCUGCCUCGGGGCACAAAGCUCCUCGGACUUUUUGCAGCUGCCCUGGGCGCACCCUCGUCGCACAGACCGGAAGGAGAGCACCGUGGUGACUGACCUGAAGGAGACAGAGUGCUGGCUCUGCGGCCGGGGAGUCUGGCCGCCUGGCUCCUGUUGCUCUCUGUCCUGUAAGUGAAGAGCUGAUGGAGUGGAUACAUUGAGAGCAGGGGAAGGUAACACAAGUCAGAACUUCCACUGAGGGCAUUGCUCCGAGACAUGGAGGACGGUGAUAACUCUGUGAAUGGCAGUGAUGUCUCGGAACCAGACAAAUCUGAAGCUGGACCUGACAUGGCUCAGUCGAUCCUGAGCAAGUUCUCCAUGAAAUCCCUGUUUGGGUUUACAAGUAAAUUGGAACCUGUGAAGCCUGAAGAAGAAGUUGUGGUGCUGAAAGCAUUCCACAGUGUAGUGGUGGAUCCCUCCUCUCGGAGGGAUGAUGCCAGCCACGGCUCGGAUCAGCAGGAGGCAGAGGCUCCGGGACCACCUGACCUCAGAAAUGAAGGGGAGCCUGCGAGGGUGGAGACAGAGAUGGAGUCAGAGGGAAGUCAGAGGAAAGCAGAGGCAGGGAUUUCUCUCCCUGGUCAAGAGCUUCUUCCACUCACUGCUUUGAGCACAAGUAAUGUCCUUGUGGUUCGUGGGAUCCUCGUGAACACCACCAGUGAUUCUGACACCACCAGUGAUUCUGACUCUGAUGAUGGUGAGCAGGAGCCAGAAGAGGAAAGCAACACCAGUGGCCCAAAGUCCCCUGGUAUUAUUUUAUCUAAGCCAUCUGAGAAGCCCAAAGAAAAGCCAGGAGAUUGUAGGGAAAAUAUUGCCACUAGGGAAAGGGAUGACGCAGAGCUGGGUGCAGAAGAUCCUCAAGGGACUCCCCCUGAGAAAUGUGGCACGCCAGAACCUGGUGAUGGUGGUCCUCAAACGGAGCACAGCCCCGACCAGGUACAAGCGGGAGAAGAAGGCUCCCAAGUUCUAUCUGUGAUAACGGACCAGAGCUUAAGUGCUGGUGUCACCGAGAACACCCCUCCUAAAAAAGAAGUCCCCGGAGAGAGGUCAUUCCAGCUUCCAGCUUUUUUUAGUGGGCUUCGUGUGCUAAAAAAGGGGGCUCCAGCUGAAGGUGGGGAGACCAUCACAGAAAUUAAACCAAAGGAUGGGGACUUGGCUUUGCUCAAAUUGACCCAGCCUGUUCACAAGUCAUUAGUACAGACAGUGCCACAGACAGUGAAGAAGACUGGGGAGAAAACAAGUGAUCUGAAGGCCACACCCACUCUCCUGGAGCAGCUCUCCCAGCUACUCAGCAUUGACAUGCCCAGAGCAGAACUGAAGGCAGAAGACCCUGAGCCACCCCGGGCAGAAGAGAUGGGCUGCAGUGCUGCCCAGGAGAGCCAGAGCAGCCCCGGGGAAGCCCCAACCCAGGGUGGAGAGGUCAAGCCAAAGCCACCAGAAACCGCCCUGGAGGCCUUUAAGGCCCUGUUCAUCCGGCCCCCCAAAAAGGGGACCACAGCUGAUACCUCUGAGCUUGAAGCUCUCAAGCGCAAGAUGAGGCAUGAGAAGGAGUCACUAAGAGCUGUGUUUGAACGGUCCAAGUCAAGACCGGCGGACGGCCCUUCAGAUUCCAAAAGUCCUGACCACAGCCCCACUGAGCAGGACGACAGGACUCCUGGCAGACUCCAAGCUGUCUGGCCACCCCCAAAGACAAAGGACACAGAAGAAAAAGUGGGACUGAAGUACACUGAAGCAGAAUACCAAGCUGCUAUUUUACACUUGAAGAGAGAACACAAAGAAGAAAUUGAAAACCUACAGGCUCAGUUUGAACUUCAGGCCUUUCAUAUCCGGGGUGAGCAUGCAGUGAUAACAGCGAGACUAGAAGAAACCAUUGACAAUCUCAAGCAUGAGCUAGAACACCGAAUGUGGGGAGGAGGUGGAGAGAUGAAAGAUGUGUGUAUCUCCACCAGCGAUGACUGCCCUCCAAAGACCUACAGAAACGUGUGCAUCCAGACAGACAGAGAGACUUUCCUCAAACCCUGCGAAGGUGAAGGCAAGACAACCAGAAGCAACCAAAUAAUACCCAAAAAGCUGAAUAUCUCCUCUUUAAGCCAGCUUUCUCCCACAAAUGACAACAAAGAUAUCCAUGUACCACUUCAAUCUGUAGAAGGCAUCUCAUCAAGUCAGGAGAAUGCACCCCCUCUCCCUCUGGCACCACCCCUAUCAGCAACCAUCCCUCCCCCACCUCCCCUCCCACCUGCACUUGGACCUUUGCCACCAGCACCUCUGAGUACUGGGCCACCACCACCUCCGCCACCUCCUUUGCCUCCAAGUGCUGGACCUCCCCCUCCUCCUCCCCCACCACCACUUCCUAACUCAUUUGCUCUGCCCAACAGUGGGGGGCCUCCACCUGCUCCAACACCCCCAGGACUUGUACCCCCACCUCCCCCUGGCCUCUUCUUUGGAGUCGGCCCUUCUUCUAGCCAAUGUCCUCGGAAGCCAGCCAUUGAGCCCAGCUGUCCCAUGAAACCUCUGUACUGGACUAGAAUACAAAUAAGUGAUAAGAGCCAAAGCGCUACACCAACCUUGUGGGAUUCUUUAGAAGAACCUGAUAUUCGGGAUACUAGUGAAUUUGAGUAUCAUCAGUUUAGUUCAACAAUCAGAAUAUCUGAAAACCUUAAUGUUUUUGAUAUGCCUCUGAAAGAUUUCACGGUCAUUUCAGUUUGCGUUAACUUUAUGUUUAAAUUCCAGAUCAUCAAGUUAUUGGAUGGAAAACGAUCUCAAACUGUGGGAAUCUUGAUAUCUAGUUUGCAUUUAGAAAUGAAGGAUAUCCAGCAGGCCAUUUUCAAUGUGGAUGAUUCCGUGGUUGAUCUUGAGACCCUGGCAGCCCUAUAUGAAAACAGAGCCCAAGAGGAUGAAUUGGUUAAAAUAAGAAAGUAUUAUGAGACAUCCAAAGAAGAAGAAUUGAAGCUGCUGGAUAAACCUGAGCAAUUUUUACAUGAGUUAGCCCAGAUCCCGAAUUUUGCUGAACGUGCCCAGUGCAUCAUCUUCAGAUCUGUCUUUUCCGAGAGUAUCACUUCCUUGCACCGAAAGGUGGAGAUCAUCACACGAGCUUCUAAGGGCUUACUGCACAUGAAGAGUGUGAAGGACAUUUUAGCUCUCAUUCUGGCUUUUGGGAAUUAUAUGAAUGGAGGAAAUAGGACUCGGGGACAAGCAGAUGGAUACAGUUUAGAAAUUCUGCCCAAACUCAAGGACGUCAAAAGUCGGGAUAAUGGGAUUAAUCUGGUGGACUAUGUCGUGAAAUAUUACCUGCGUUACUAUGAUCAGGAAGCAGGAACAGAAAAGAGUGUCUUCCCCCUGCCUGAACCACAAGAUUUUUUUCUGGCUUCCCAAGUCAAGUUUGAAGACCUUAUAAAAGACUUGAGAAAACUGAAGAAGCAACUAGAAGCAAGUGAGAAACAGAUGGUGGUGGUGUGCAAGGAGUCACCAAAGCAGUAUCUCCAGCCUUUUAAAGACAAACUACAAGAGUUCUUCCAGAAAGCCAAAAAAGAGCAUAAAAUGGAAGAAAGUCACUUGGAGAAUGCACAGAAAAGUUUUGAAACGACAGUGGGAUAUUUUGGGAUGAAGCCAAAGUCUGGGGAGAAGGAGAUCACUCCCAACUACGUGUUUAUGGUGUGGUACGAGUUCUGCAGUGACUUUAAGACGAUCUGGAAACGGGAGAGUAAAAACAUAUCUAAAGAAAGAUUGAAAAUGGCUCAGGAAUCAGUCAGCAAGUUGACGUCAGAGAAGAAAGUGGAGACAAAGAAAAUCAACCCCACGGCCAGUCUGAAAGAAAGACUGCGUCAGAAGGAAGCCAGCGUGGCCACCAACUAAACAUCGCCGUGAGAACGCCGCCGGCAGGACUGGGCACCUGGCUUCCCCUUUGCAACACCAGCGCUGCAGGAGCUUCUGGAAAGAUAUGUUACUAAACACUUCUCUUGCUCAUCUCUUUGUAAGGGCGUCUGCAGUGGGAACUCCUGCGUUCUCCAAGAAGUCCCUGGUUAAGCCACAGAAACCAUGAAAAGCUGUUUAAGGCACCGUUGCAGCAGUAUUGAUAACUGUUUCUUAUAGAGGCCCAAAGUUGACUUUGCUGUAAGACCGGAACAAAUACCAAGGUUUCCCACGUUUUUUUUUUAAAGCGGAGAUUUCAAGCUUUCUAACCUACUCUUUAUAUAUGUAAAUUUGUGAGAGAAGAAAAGGAUAUUUUAUGACAGUUGACUUGAAGGAGUUCAAGCCUUUACACAAUGCUGGUUUGAUUAUUGAUCUUAAUUUUGAUCCCACUGCAUAAAGAUUUUGAAGUGUCUUUCUGGCCAAAAAUGUUGAAAAUUUACCAAAAUUAUUUUUAAAGAGCUCCAAGACUAUGUAUUUCCUAGAUGAGGGAAAUGGUUAUUUGUGGUGGUGGUUGUUCAUAUUAUGGAAAGGAGAGAAAAUGGGAUUGUAGAUGGUGGAGAAGGGGUUAAAUGACCACAGACUCAUCCUGGAGAACAGAUUAUGACACAGGCCAUCAGCCAUUAAGCAAGACCCAUUCCUUUGUUUUUACAUCAAUUAAUUGUAGUUUCCUGGACCAGCCAGAAUUCUCACCCCCAAAUUCUAGAAGAAACAGCCCUGAGCAGGGCGACAAGUGACCCAAUAACAGAGCACAUUUCACAUUUCAGAUCACUCAUGAGUAGGCAAUGCAAUGUUGAUAUGCACCUGAGCUGCAUGCCCUGUUCUGGGCCUGUGUGUGGCGGGACCUCUCCCACUCACCCCAGGAGGCUGUUUCUAUGCAAAAUGGCAAAUGUUACUCGCAGCUUUUUAUCAUGACCUUGACUGAAAGACAUGUGACAUAGGGUGAAGCAGGAGGCUGAAAAAUUAAGGUCAGAAAAGUUCUUUACAUUCAAAUGCAAAGAAGGUGAUUAUAUUAAUCUUAAUCUUGGAAUGGAAUGUCAUGUAAGUGCAGCUUUUUCUGACGCUGGGAGCUGACAUGACCCCUGCCUCUGAGUCACAGGAGAAACGAAUCCAUCUUGAGAGGGAAGAAAAGAGAGGACUGGGGGUGAAUUGAUAAUAGGAUCAAAGAACAUCAAGUUUGGGCCUUGAAGGGAGAGGGGUCAGAGGUUUUUCCUCCAGUUGGUGGAUGACAGUCUAGAUGUGAGCAACAGCCUUAGCACCCAUCCCAAUCCAGCUGCUGUUGCCCCAGGAUCUCCCCAGAAUCUCCCCAGAAGCUCUCAACCUGCCAGGUGCCUGGGUUUCUGCCCAGGACAUGCCUGCCAAUCAUCAGCCUCCUCAGGGACCCAUAAUAGACCCAGCUAAUGAAAGCAGUACCUUGUCCUCAAUAUAAUGCCCACCUCGAGAAGCAAGAAUGCACAGUCAGGAUCAAACUAAGUCUCUGAAGCCAUAUUCAUGCAGGUGCUAACCACCUUUUCUAACAAUUCAAAAGAAGGAAUAUGGUAACCUAGUUGGGUUGCCUUUUUUCUUCCAAGUCCAAAUAAAAGGAUGAGACACACAAAGUAGAGAAGCUUAUAGGAAACUGACAUGACUACAAGAAGUUCCUUGUGAGCAACAAGCUUUUCAUACUGUUUUCUUGUAUUGUUUCUUCCCUUUCACUUAACUAUGCAGAAAACAUAAGGAAUGUUUUCUUCAAGGGAAAACAAAUUCCGCUCCCAGCCCUCCUGGGCUCUGUGGCACGCCCCUGGUAUUACUGUGCGAAAGAAAAGAGCCUAUAUUGCCCAUGCCUUAGGAAUCAACUCUGAGUUCAGUAAGACCAGCAGAGGUUUAGGUCCACGUGGGUCCUUACAGACGUGAUGGGAGACAGCUGCCAGUGGGUCUGGGCAGCGUCACCGCCGUCCACUUCAGGUGUUGAGGUAGGACGCUCAUAAGAAUAUCACUGAAGAUAAGCAGGACUGUCACUUUGGCCACAUAACCCUGCGAGAACAUGCUCUCACGGACCCAAUACUGAAGAAGAAUGAGUGGGAACAUUGAGUUUGAGGGUCAGACAAACGCAGCCCAUGGUUAGGGUUUCAUCCUCACAGACAGGCUAGAAAUUGGCAGUCAAGUACUCAUUUCUAAAGAGCAAAGUUUGCCUGGCUGUGUUGGAGAAAGACAGUGAUGUUGUAAUAUUAGUCAAACGUAGUCUGUUAGUGCACUAAGACACCAGGGCAGGAUCCCCAUUAUUUUCACCCUGCUUCAAUCCUGUGUUCUGUAUCUGGCUGCCCCUCCCUCAUCCACACUCACAGUGCACUGUCGACACCACCUUCAUUUCUAGCUUCAGUAGAUAAUGAGGUUCACAAGAAUUUGUUCAAGGUAGGCCAUCUAAAACAACCUGGAGGCCUUUAGAAUGUCCCCUCUAAAACACAGUGGAGAUGGUGUUUAAAUACAACUGGUGUCUCUAAACUUUGCAUGGAGAGGGAGUAGUUGAAGUUCCACUGAGCAGCUUGAGCAGCUCAGGUAAACGGGAUUUAAGCGGCAGUUCUAAGUCCCGCUCCCCAGGACAGGAGGGAGAGUGGCCAGCAAUGCUCCUAUGUUUGACCACUCACGCCUGACUUACGAGUCAGACUCUGAGAAACCUUUACGUAUUGUGCCAUCAUCUCGUCCAAGAUUCAUUAAAUCUGAGGGCACAGGUGAACAGCAGUUCAGAUUCUUGUGUGAGAAAUUGGUACCAUCGUCAAGCACACAAGUAUAUCAUAUAUUAAACCAGAGCAUAAUAUCAACAUAUUAGGGGAAAAAAUCAGGGCUGUGAGGUAUCAAAAAUCAGGUUAUAAGGAGGUGUGCUGUAUGGCUUUUGACCCAAGAAGAGGAGCUUACCAAGGGGAGGAAAAAGGCACAAGUGUGGUCAAGCAGAAACUGAUGAUGGUGAAUCGCCAGCCAUCACAGGAGAUGGCCUUGCUGCCCAACAGCUGCCUUUUGAAUUCUUGAGUUGAUGCCCAUGAUGGCCCUUCAAAUGCUCGCUGCAACUACCUAGGAAUUAUGGAAGAAGUAGUUCUGAAAUCUGAGAAGUAGGAUAAGGAAAACUUAGUGGUGCUGUUGUACCUGAAAUGUUGUGGCCUAAACAAACUAGCAAGAUGGUUGCGGAACUGAACAUCAGAUUGGAUACAGUCUCCGCCCUGCUGCCCGCCCCCCCCCCCCCCCCCCCCGGAGUAAGGACAGUGGAAAUUACACACCUGCUGAGCCUCCCUUAGCGCCCUCUUUGUCCAUAAGUACCAUAAGGAAAGGCGUUUCCUAAGUGAAAGCUCAUAUGCUACUGGUGGAACAACUGCAGAACUGAAAGGAGGAGUAAAAUUCCUUGGUGGCAUUGGAAACCUCCACAAAGACAACCAUCAGUACGGCUCUUCCAUGGACCAGGACUGGAUGUGGCAGAAAAGGUAUAAGUAUUUUCACACUUGUCUCCAUAGAUCACACUGCCUGCAAUGGAGAGUUUUCACUUAAAUUAUUCUUGCUCUCUUGAAUGUUAGGUUUCCUCAUUUCUAUUUCUCCUUCUCUCUUACCUGGUGUCAUCAAUGCAGAUCAGUGCCGGCAGCCACCCAGCAAACAGCGGCCAGCCCGCUGGCCUGCAGGUCCACCAGGUCAUUAGCAGUGCAGACGGCAGUGUCUUCCCCAGUCACCAGACCUUAAUUCAGGCAGACUUGAACUCUUCACUCCCUGAUAUCCCAAAUUGGCCUAUUUUGCCAUAUCUCCCUACCCCUAAACAAAGAUAAAACCAAUUGGGGGAUUUCUAUGUCAAAGAGAGGGAAGAAAUCCAAAAAAUACAACAUUUUAUCUCCAAGUAUCUAAUCCAAAUAUCAAAUAUACAAUUUUAUAAAGUAGUUUAAAAUUUCGUUAGGAAUUGUUUGGGAAAACUAUGUGAUAGAUAUGACCUUCAUUUUUCUUUGAUCCUGUCUGUUCUAAUCAGAAAAAGAAAUGCAAAGAAAGAAAGAGAAAGAAAAAAAAAGUCCAAGAGCUGGAAGGGAAAAUAAAAAACAUUAGCAGAUUUGCUAAUCUACAAAUAAAUGUAUUAGUUCCUAAAUCUCACAAUAAAAAUGGACAUACUGUGAAACCCAGUGAGCUUAUUUUUUAAAAAGCCACGUACAAGGAGAAGUGGCACAUUAUAGUAGGAGAAGUGUUAGACCAUUAAAUGUUCUUUUGCUGGGCUUUCUUAAGAGCAGCUUAUAAAUUUGUGGAACAUGCAGAAGACCAUGAUUGUCACAUUUCACAUAUUAGGUAUUGUACCUUUACGAACAAUACCGCUGCAGAGAGGGUUGAACAAAGACAUGAGCUUGCGUUCACGGCAGCUACUUUGUCAUUAUAAAGAAACCUCCAGCACAAGAGAAGCCUGUGUAUGUGGCCAAGCCAAUAGCAUCUAGUAUUUGAAAAGUAGGAAUCAUUUUUGGCUGCUCUAAAUGUAAGUAACUUGCUGGAUAUAUUUCUACUUUCCAUCUCUAGAGAGAAACCACCCAGCUGCUUGACACCUUCUCUGUCACUGGGGGAGAAGUCACUGAAAAAAAAGCACCUUCAAAACCAGGCCUCAGCGAAUCUGGCUCCUUUAGACUCAAAUACCAGUAUUUAUCACUCCAUUAGCAAUUGAACCCAGGCAUAACUGGUCGGGAGGGCAUAGCUGUAUGUGACCAAGAAGCCCAUUUCGUCAUUUUCACACAUCCAUCGGUUGUUGACACCUUGUUAGAAGCACUGAGUGUUAGCUUCACAAUCUUCAUUUCCCUCCCAAGGAGUGGGCAAUCCCUCCUCCUGAUCAAUGCUUUGCCGGGGCAGGCCGUGGUGAGUUCAAAAGAGUCUUAACAUAUUCAACUUGAAGGCAAUUCAGUAGUCUUGUUUGUUUUAAAACCUUAGUCAAGACUGUGAUAUAAACUUAGUGUUUAGGAAAUGUGUGUGGUGGACAACUUACUCGGAAAUGUAAAGAGGUUAAAACAGCAGCUAGCCCACUCUGUCUCUUAAGUCCCCCUGCAACUUCUGCCAACAAAGAUUAGAGAAGCAAACCAGCCUCAUUCAGUAAGUGGGCCGCCCUCCAAUGGAGCUUAUUGGAUUCACUGCCCCUCUACCCCAGCCCCUCUCCCAACCUCCCUGGUGAUAGUAACAUGGCCUUUUCCUUCUCCUCCCUCCCUUCUCUGGUGUGAUGAUUCACUUUGAUCAAUAGCUCAAGUGAAUUCCACUUUAUUGCAUAUUACAUCUAUGAAGUACUUGUUCGUGAAUUAUUUUGCUCCAUUCUGUGGUCUGAAGAAGACUGAUUUACCUCAAUUUUUAUAUGAAAGGGGUAUCUAAGGUCAUUAAUUUAUUUUUCCUUCUUCUACAUUCCAUCUAGGUUUAUAUAAUUUUCUAUUUUUUUUUAAUAAAUCUUCCCUCAAUACUAAGACUCUCUAGUCUGCCUCUUUUUCUAAGAGCUGGUCCAGAUACUUCUGUGAACUAUUUUUUUAAUGUUUUAUGUGAAUUUCCAUAGCAUGGGGCUAGCAAAUGCAAAUGAACCAAUAGUUUCCAGAAAUUCACCUCCAAGGAAUUUGGCAUUCUUCUCCAUGGAGUAAACAACCUUCUACCAGACCUAGUCUGUUUUGUAGGCUGAACAUUUCCUGAAAUUCUACCUGUGCAGAGACUAAGAGCUCCCUAUCUUUGAAACUAUAAAAUGUCUAAGAAGAGAAUGAAUAUUUCUCCCCAUAUAUAUUAUACUUACCAUUAUACUUAGCACAUCAGGUAAGAAAUCAAGUGUUUUCAAGUGUGCAUCAUAGCAGUUUAUCAACAUCUCUGGCCAAGUUGUACCUCCUUUCCUAUAGUGUUAUCUUUCAGGGCUUACUUCCAUUCUUGCCUCAUGGAACAACUGUAUUUUUGUUUAUUCAUUCAGUCAGUGUUCCAGAACAUGAGGCUGGUCCCAUCGAGCACUGAGUGUACAGGGAAGUUACCCUCUACCUCCCUAUGACGUGGAUGAUAGAUGUGUUCAGGAAUGAACAGCUUUCUGAGAACUCUUGGGAUGAACUUUGAAUUCCAGGUUUCUUUCUGUGAAGUAUAUAAAAAUGGGCCCAUAAUAUACAAAAAUUGUACUACCCUUUCUAAUAAGAGGCCAGAAGGAGAUUCAAAAAUCUUUAUAUGUUAGAUAAGCUUAAGGAAACUCUAGGUAGCUAUUUUUUCCUUUCUUCUUGACAGUUUGUCCCUAGCUAUAAUCUUGUUUCUUUGCUCCUGACCACCAAGACAUAAAGAAGGUGGUCUCAGCCCACUGACCUUACAUUCUGUAUAAUCCUCCAAAAACACCCAUUUCCUUUGGAAACAAGUCCACAAGUGAGGGGAAGUCUCGUGGCAAUUCUGCCUACCCAGGGUGACACACAGCACCUUGAGGUCUACCAGAGGAAUAGGUCCAUUCCAAGUCAUUAACUUUAUGAUUCUGCAAUUCUUCAAUUUCUCCGAACACAAAUAAUAUCACUCUACUGUUAAUAGAAUGUAUAAUCUUCAAAGAACAUAAGCAUUUAUAAAAGGAGUUCUCUUUUAAAAAAACAAUCUGAGAGACUCCUAAAAUGGCAAAAACUUUUUAAAAUUAGAAAUUGAAUAACUUUUAAGACUCUUUAGACAGCACAUGUCGUUGACUUGCUAUAUAGUCUUUUCCUCCGUUGAGUUUUAAUUGAGACUGCUGUGGGAAGCAGCGCGCUUCCCUGGAGUUGGAGUUAGGGAAUCGUGCUUUGGCCUGGAACACCAAUGCUAGCCUGCAUGCCUAGAACCUAAGUGAAAUCAGGUAGCAUCUUAAUAGGAAUCAGGCCUAACAAAUGUAAAUCAUCCCAAGUCCUUUAAGGUCUCAUUUUCUUAGUGACACCCUGGACCUUGGACACUACUUUCCUAAAAUGCAUUGGAUCCCUGCAGGUAUGUGUCUUAAUUCUGCCUCGUGAGAUCACAAGCCAUGAGAUGAGGGAGAACAGGUGACAGAGAAGAAGGAAAACCUGAACAAGUCCAAGGCUCACUGUUUGGCUAAUACGUUGCCUUGAUAGGGAGCAGGUGAUUUUUGACAUCAUUGUAUCAUGGACAGCCUCUCUGUGGAAACUCAAGGAAUCUGUCUUAGGCAAAUGGGAGUGGCCAAUAUCUCAUAUCGGUCAGUGCCUGACAACGUGCUGGAAAAGCAGGUACCCUAAUGAAACUGCGCUUGCUGAAAUAGUGCCAUUCAAUUUCAGAUUCAUUCCCAUGGGGCUGGCAGUCCAGGGACGUUCCUCUCUUCUCUGUGCUUGCCCAAAAGUCAUUUUGGCAUCUUGCUUCAUUCGUUUCCUCCUUUCAAUACAUCUACUUUGGCCUCCCCUUCCCUCACACCCCACCCCUAUUUUUCUCACUUUACCAUCUCUCCAGGACCCAGCUCUCUUUACCGCCCUGCCUCACAGACAGCCGAGUGUCUCCCUGAGCCUGAACUCCCUCCUCUCACACCCUGUGCUCCAUUUCCCAGGCCUUUGGACAGGGCGCUCCACUGUCGCCGAGCGAGACACACCGCUGUGACGGCCUCUUGUUAAUGUCAGCAUCACCUCAUCACUUAGGCAAAGAGGGGAAAAUCCAUAAAAGAGAUGGAAAAUACAUUUCUUUCUCAUUUUAUUCUGCUUUAUUUUAGGAAGGUUGAGGGGAGGGUUAUUCUUGUCCUUCUCGAUUUCUCAUAGAUUUUAUUUUAAAACUGUCUAACUGGCACCAUUCUUUUGAUAAAUCAGUCCAGGUCACCAGCUGUGAUGCAUAAGACUAAAUUUUUGAAGCUCAAAUAAUUUUUCUGUGCCACAGGACACAUUGACUUAAAUUCUGGGCAAACAUUUUCACUCGUAGGCUUGUUAUUGCCACUCCAUUCUAACGACUCCCGAUUCAAACAUCUACAUGAAUCUGGAUCAAGACAUUGACAAUUUGUGGUUGUUUUCAGAUUAACAGUCACUGUGAGAUUCUUGAAAGGGGGUAAAGAGAAAGUAUAAGCAUGUCCCAAACAGUCAAACAUUGGACCUGGAAAAACAGUGGCCUUUCUGUUUAGUUAAGUAUGCUAAACCAAUCUGUAGAGGUCAUCCUAAAGGGCUUUCAGCAGCAAGGAAGACAGUUUGGAAGGGAGAAGGCACUUUAAAGACAUGAAACCUUACAUUCCAUGGUCUUGGAUAUUUUUAAUGUAAUAAGCUAAUUGGAUUCAGGUAUUUUUUCCUUUAAAAUUUUAAAAAAUAUGUAUUUCUAAUUUGCAUAUUUAAUUUUGUCAGUGCUGAAAAUGCUCAUUAGUUGAACUUGUAAAUGUCAUUUGCAACCAAAUGAAGUAUUUAUUUUUAAAAAGAAAAGGUGAAGGAACCAAUAUUGACUGUACAUAGUGCAAAUAUAUGUGUGCAUGUAUAUAUAUAUUUUUUUUCCUCCGUGACACUACUUGGUUACCAUAUCAAGUGUAUUUUUGUACAUAGUAUAUAUUGGUUAGAAAAUGUAGAUUGUCUACUCAAAGAAUUCUAUCUCUGUGAUAGAUUAUAUUUAUUCUAAUCUAUUGAUACCUCUGUUAAUUUGUUUUAAGAGAUAGAACUCUAUUUUUUGGAAUUUGCAGAGAACUGCAUUCAUGGCUUUCAACUGUAAAUAUGCUAAGGGUAUUUUAAUAAAUCUUGGUUUCAUGUCU